AAUAAAUGUUAGGUUAGUUUGUUUAGAAUGACGUCACAACUAAAGUCAUCGAUAAAAGUGUAAAAAAAGAAAAAAAAAAAUAUAAAAAUACACACAUCUCUACAAUUGACACCAGAAAAUAGCAGUAUAUCCUGGAUAAAUAUAAAAAAUUUCUAAGAGGAUUACUAAAACAAUAAGAAGAAACAAUCGAAAUUAUUGAUAAUUAAAAUUUUAUCAAUAAAUAAUUAAAAAUGUCCACAUUAACACUAUUAUAUCGUUCAAAAUUAAUAAAUAACAUUCGUGGUUUUAAAAAUGAAAUGAAAUAUUUAAAUUUAAAUUAUGAUAGAUCAUUAAAUUUACAACAAAAAUGUAAAAUAACAACAAAUGGUAAUUGUUAUUAUGGUGCUGCAACAAUAGCAUCAAGUACAACAACAUCAUCAUCAUUACCUGGUGCAUUAUCAAAAAAACAAGCUAAAGAAUUGGCUGUUAGAUUAACAUCAAGUGAAAGAAGUGUUUUGAUAUCAGCACUACAAGAAUGUCAAUCACAAAAAAUUAAAGCUGAAUAUGAAGGUCAAUUAGCAGCAUUUCGAUGGCGUAGUAAAUUUGGUCGACCAUCAAGUAUUCCAGCACUUGGUGAUGUUGAUCCAACUGGAAGUUAUUGUGCUGUACCAGAUGAUUGGUUGCUGCGAAAGUAUGUGGAGACAGUACCCCAGCCACAGAAGAAGGAUCUCUUGAGAGUUUCAUUUGCAAAUGCAAUUCCAUUUGUUGGAUUUGGCUUCUUGGAUAAUUUCAUUAUGAUAAUUGCUGGUGAACAUAUUGAAGCACAACUUGGUGUAUUUAUAUCAUUAUCAACAAUGGCAGCUGCUGCACUUGGUAAUACAAUAUCAGAUAUUCUUGGUAUUGGUUCAGCUUAUUAUGUUGAAUUAAUGGCACAAAAAAUUGGCUUUAAACCACCAAAAUUAACACCAAUUCAACUUGAUUUACCUCGUUCAAGAAGAGCAGCAAAUCUUGGUCGUGUUAUUGGAGUUACAAUUGGUUGUAUUUUGGGCAUGACACCAUUACUUUGGCUUGAAAAGAAAAGUGAUAAAAAAGAAACUGAAGAAAAAGUAGAAAUUGUUUAAAAUAGGCAAUAUUUUAUUUAAAAAAAAAAAACAAUUAUUUAAAAUUUAUUUAAUUACUAUAUUAUCUGUCUUCGUACUAUAGAUAAAAUGCUUUUAUUUUAUAUUUUUUCAAAGUAAUUAUUAUUUAUAUAAAUGAGAUUAAAAUAUCAUUAAUUAAAUUUUAUUAAAAAAAUACAAAAAUAAUGCUCUCAAAUUUUAAAUGUCAUAUUAAAUGUUAUAUAAAUUAUUUAAAAAAAUAAUAAUUAUAAUGAUUUGUAAAUAGUAUAUAAUUGUUAAUUUAAUAGAGCAUUUUAAAACAAUCACAACAAUAAAUAAUCAUAACAAUGGGAUGAUAAAAAAAUUUUUUUAAGUUACAAUUUUCAAAUUAAAAACAAAUGAGCUUAUAUAUAAUAAAAUCCCACUUGAUAAAUAUUAAAAUAAUAAAAGUAAGUAUUUAAUUAUAAUAAUCUUGUUGUU